AACAUAAGCGUCAUCAGCAGGUCUUGAAAAGAAGUCUAAACGAAGGAGGAGGAGCAGGAGCUCAUGUGGUAGGAAGGAGCAAAUUAAAAUAACAAUGGCGGACGCAGCAAGAGGCAUGGGGUCUCCAUCUCUCCCGGUGGCUAACGUGCAGGCGCUUGCCGAGACCUGCAACACCGGAGUUGACGAGCCGGUCCCCUGGAGAUACCUCAGCAAGGAUCCUACCGCGGAGGAGGUCGUAGCCGCCGACGACAGCGCUUGCGCGAUUCCGGUCAUCGAUUUCCGUAAGCUGCUUGAUCCGGAGUCGUCGUCGUCGGAGUGCGCCAGGCUGGGAUCCGCAUGCCACCACUGGGGAUUCUUCCAGCUCAUAAACCAUGGAGUUCCGGAUGAGGUGAUUGCAAAUCUGAAGAAAGACGUAGUCGGGUUCUUCAAGCAGCCGCUGGAAGCCAAGAAGGAAUGCGCACAGCAAGCUGACAGCCUUGAAGGCUACGGCCAGGCCUUCGUCGUCUCUGAGGAUCAGAAGCUGGACUGGGCAGACAUGCUCUACCUCAUUGUGCAGCCGAGGGAGUCGAGGGACAUGCGCUUCUGGCCGACACGCCCUGCAUCCUUCAGGGACUCCGUGGACUCGUACUCCAUGGAAGCUUCGAAGCUAGCGUACCAGCUGCUGGAGUUCAUGGCCAAGGGCGUGGGCGCCGCCGACGACGACGACGACCCGGCGGCGUCGCUGCGACUGCAAGGCGUGUUCCAAGGGCAGGUGCGGGGCAUGCGGGUGAACUACUACCCGCCGUGCCGGCAGGCGGCGGACAGGGUGCUGGGCCUGUCGCCGCACACCGACCCCAACGGCCUCACGCUGCUGCUGCAGAUGAACGACCACGACGUGCAGGGGCUGCAGGUCAGCAAGGACGGCAGGUGGUUCCCCGUGCAGGCGCUCGACGGCGCCUUCGUUGUCAACGUCGGUGACGCGCUCGAGAUCGUGAGCAACGGAGCGUUCAAAAGCGUUGAGCAUAGGGCCGUGAUACACCCAACCAAGGAGCGGAUUUCGGCGGCGCUGUUCCACUUCCCCGACCAGGAUCGGAUGCUUGGUCCUCUGCCGGAGUUGGUGAAGAAAGGCGACAGAGUGCGGUACGGAACAAGAAGUUACCAAGAUUUCUUGAAGCAAUACUUCACUGCAAAGCUGGAUGGAAGGAAGCUCAUAGAGAGUUUCAAGUUAGAGUAGUAAAAACGACUCUAUACAUAUCAUUGGAGAUUGGAGAUGGAAGGAGAUUGACGACCUCUCUCAACUCCAACAAUAAAUAAAUGAUCUUGUAACGACUAGCUCAAUAUAUUCAGCCUUGAACUGGGUACUGUUUGGUUCUCUCUAAAAUGUAACGCAACCUCGGGUAUAUGCAAUUAUAUAUGCAUUAUAUUACCGUUA